AUGGCGCAGCGCCGCAGGUUCCACCGCCGCAGGCAGGGCGCAUCAGGGCAGGCGGCAUCUGGGGGAGGUGUGCCUUCAGGCACGCCUGUCAGCACGCCAGGGCCCCCUGAGCCAUCUGAUAGCCUGGGAGGCAAUUCGGAGCAGGACAGAAUGUCAUGGGAGCAGUACCACCGGCAGCAGCAGCAGAGGGGGAGAAGAGGAGCCGCAGGAGCUGGGGGAAGGGCAGGGGGAGGGGCAGGGGGAGGGGCAGGAGCAGGGGCAGGGUCGCGUGGGGAGGCAGGACUGGGUGGGGGUGCGCAAGAGAUGGGGGGACAGGGGCAGGGGGCGGGGGAGGGGGAGGAGGAGGAGGAGGAGGAGGAGGAGUUGGAGGGGACGUUCGUGUGGGGCACGGGGGUGAGCGUGCAGGACGUGUCGAGCAAGUUUGCAUCGUUCGUGCGGCACUUCAGGGAGGCGGAUGAUGCCCUUCACGCCAAGUACUCUCAGCAGCUUGAUGAGGUGCGGUUUGGGUCGGGGGGGAGGGGUUGUAGUGGGAAGGGAAGGGAGGGAUUGAAAGAGGCGGUCUUGGGAUGGGAAGGGAGUGAGAAAGGAGACGAACUGUCCAGCACGCUUGUAUUGCUCGUGCAGCACUUCAGAGAGGCGGAUGAUACCCUUCACGUUAAGUAUCCUCAGCAGCUUGAUGAGCUGGUGGAGAUGGAGGGAGACACCUUCCCUGUGGACUGUGCUGACGUGUACGCCUUCUCUGCUGAGCUGUACCGCCUGCUAGUGCGCUACCCAUUGGAGGUCAUCCCCAUCUUCGACAUCAAGAUCGCUGAGCUGGCAGCCGACCGCAUGCCCAUGUGGGACAAGCACAUCCAGGUGCGGACAUUCAACCUCCGGGACACGGUGCACAUGCGCGACCUCAACCCCUCAGACAUCGAUGCACUGGUUGCGGUGAGGGGCAUGGUCAUCCGCACCUCCUCCAUCAUCCCAGACAUCAAGGCUGCUUACUUCAAGUGCCUCGUGUGCGGCCACUCGCCUGACCUCGUGCUCGUGGACAGAGGGGUGAUAGAGGAGCCGAGGCGGUGCCCGUGGCCCGAGUGUGGGGCGCUCAACAGCAUGACUCUGCUGCACAACCGCAGCCGCUUUAUCAACAAGCAGAUGCUUCGCCUGCAGGAGACGCCAGAGGAUAUGCCGGAAGGGGAGACCCCGCAUACCGUGUCCGUGUUUCUGUUUGACUCCCUGGUUGACACUGCAAAACCGGGUGACCGAGUGGAGGUGACAGGCGUGUUCCGAGCCGUGCCCGUGCGGGUAAACUCCAACCAGCGCAACCUGCGCUCGCUCUACCGGACCUAUCUGGAUUGCAUUCACAUUCGCAAGGAGGAGGGGGGCCGCACACGUAACAAGGGGGCAGCACAGCAGUCACAGUCACAACAGCCGCUGACAACAUCUGUUGAGGGUGAUGCGGAUGAUGCAAACCCUGACGCUGCCUACUUCUCACCGCAACAGGUGGAGGCAUUUCGGGAACUAUCCCGGCAGCCGGACAUAUACGAGCGGUUGGCUCGCUCCCUGGCGCCGUCCAUCUAUGAGCUGGACGACAUCAAGAAGGGACUGCUGUGCCAGCUCUUUGGGGGGUCGGUAAAGCGCCUAUCGUCAGGAGUGCAGUUCCGAGGAGACAUGAACGUGCUGCUGGUGGGGGACCCGGGCACGAGCAAGUCGCAGCUGCUGCAGUAUGUGCACAAGAUCGCUCCCAGGGGGAUUUACACGAGCGGCAGGGGGAGCAGUGCUGUGGGCCUGACAGCCUAUGUGACCAAGGACCCUGAGACACGCGAAAUGGUCCUGGAGAGCGGAGCGUUGGUGCUGAGCGACAGAGGCAUUUGCUGCAUUGAUGAGUUUGACAAGAUGUCUGACAAUGCUCGCAGCAUGCUGCACGAGGUGAUGGAGCAGCAGACGGUGUCAGUGGCCAAGGCGGGCAUCAUCGCUACGCUCAACGCGCGCACCUCCGUGCUCGCCUGCGCCAACCCCUCUGGCUCGCGCUACAACCCGCGCCUCUCUGUCAUCGACAACAUCCAGCUGCCGCCCACCCUGCUCUCCAGGUUCGACCUCAUCUAUCUCGUUCUCGACAAGGCAGAGGAGCAAUCCGACCGUCGGUUAGCCCGCCAUCUCGUUGCUCUGCACUACAAGAACCCAGAGGCCUCUGCAGCAGCCACCAUCGACGUGGCCACUUUGACAUCCUACAUCACGUAUGCGCGCACGCGCAUCCACCCAGAGCUGAGCGACGAGGCGGCAGAGGAGCUGGUGAAUGCUUACGUGGAGCUGCGGGGGAGGGGGUCGGGGCGAAAGGUCAUCACUGCAACGCCACGUCAGCUGGAGAGUCUGAUCCGCAUCAGCGAAGCACUGGCCCGCUUGAAGCUGGCGUCCACGGUGACGCACGAGGACGUGACAGAGGCGAGGCGGCUGCUAGACGUGGCAAUGCAGCAGUCAGCCACGGAUCCCACCACAGGCACCAUCGACAUGGAUCUCAUCACCACAGGGGUGUCCGCCAGUGAGCGGGCCAAGCGCGUGCAGCUGCAGGAGGCGCUGCUCUCCUUCCUGCAGGAUAGGGCUACCGCUUCCCGGUCGUCCUUCCGAGCGCCUCAGGUGUGGGAGGACCUAAGGCAGCAAUCAUCCAUACCUGUCACACUCUUCGAGGUCCGUGAGGCUCUAGGGCGGCUGCAUGGGGAAGGCAAGGUGGUGUUCAUUGAUGACACUGUUAAUAACUACGGGCGAAUUAACUCGCCCGGCGAUGACAUCCGUGUAGCCAUGGCGAAGAACGCGAGCAAGGCGGCAAGUCCUACCGCCGCCUCCGGUGCGAGCUGUGACGGGGACGACGAAGACGAAGCGAACGGCGACGACGCCGAGGAGGAUUGGCCGGAGAACGGCCACGACGACAGCGCUUCAGGCGACGAUGUAGGUCCUGCUGACAUCGAGGAGGACGACUGGUGGAAUCGGCCGGUCGGGAGCAACGACGAGGUGGAAGAGUGGCAUGCUGGUGAUUCCGACAAUGACGGAGGUAAAGAUGCGCAUGGUAACAACGCGGAGGCAGCGGCGGAUGCACAGGAAGCGGCGGUGGAUGCGAAUGAGGAGGCUGACGAUGAGGCGGGGGCGGAACUUGAGACAUUUGCGCCUGCGGAUGCGGCCGCAGUUGCGGAUGCGGAAGGCGAGGAAGGCGGCGACGACGUGUGA